AUGGGACUCUAUCCACCAAAUAACUUCUAUAAAAAGCUAUCAGAAGGUGAACACAAGAGCUUGACCUCAAACAAGGGAAUGCCAAAAAUUUAGAUAAGGAAACAUACCAAAGAGAUAUUAAAUAAUGUUAAUGCAUUGAUCGACGGAUAUACUUUGAUACCAGUUUUCGCUUACCACACACCCUCUAUCAAAGAUGAUCUAAUGGAGAUCGGCUGUCCCUAUGCCAGAGAUUGCUGGAAAUUCUACACUAACGAUCCAGGUUCCUAUACUUUAGAAGGCUCAUAUGUCUUGCCAUAAAUGAGAGAUAAGAUUGGAGCUGCAUUUAAUCUCUCUCCUGAUGAUACAAAGAAUCUAAAUUAUGUUAAGUUCUAUUACUAUGGUGACAUAUUAAUGGCCGAGAACUUUGAAGGUGAUCCAAAGAGAGCUUAGUUCUCAAACGAGGAGUGGUAUUACAUAAGAUUAGCCUAGAAAAAUGUUUUGUCUAAGGGAUUUGAUGCAAAGGCUAAAACUUUGUAUGAGACCAAAUUCUUUAGAAAACCUUUGGCUGCUAUUGAUACCAGAGUUAAUGAGAUUAUGAGUGCAUCAACAAAUACUAACACUUUGAGGUACAUAAUGUAUUCUGCUCACGAUACUCAGAUUAUCAACGCUCUCGAUUGGCUUCAGCCAGUUGGUCGUGAAUACAUUGACGCAACCUAUGUAUCAACGAUGUACUUCGAAGUGUUUUACGAUACUGAUUGUCUUGCUGCAACUCCAAAGUCACAAUCUUGCUUUAAUGUGCAUAUCACACAUAAUGGCAUUCCAAUUAAGCUACAAACUUGUCUUGAUGCUAAUGUAUAGAGAAACUCAGGAUCAAUUAUCUGCUAAUAUGAUGACUUCUUGGCUCACAUUGAUAAGAUCAAACUUAAGGACGAUGUGGAGGCAAGAUGCAUGGAUAAGUUUACCCCACCUUCAGGCUCUAAAAUCUGA